CGCAGUGAACAGACCGUCGCUGAUUUUGUCUUUAAUAUCAUGAAUGAAAACUUUGCUCGAUUAAUUCUGAAGUUUAUAACUAUUGAAACAGUCCAAAAAGAUGCCAGUCUCUGCUGGAAAUCGCUUCCUGCUUCUGUAUGGCUCUCAGACGGGGCAGGCUCAGGCCAUAGCAGAGGAAAUAGCCGAGAGGUCAGCAGCAGAGGGGCUACAGGCUGACAUGCACUGUCUCAGCAAAACUGAGAAAAAGUUUAACAUCGAGAGGAUUAAGUGUGUUGUGAUAGUCAUCUCCACCACCGGCGAUGGGGAACCCCCAGAUACAGCCCUCAAGUUUGUACGUCGACUGAAGAAGAAGACACUGAAGGACAACUACCUUUCCGGUCUGAAAUACACAUUACUGGGUCUUGGAGAUUCAAACUACACCAACUUCUGUAACUGUGGGAAGACGUUGGACCAGCGUUUACAAGAGCUGGGAGCCGGUCACUUGUACUCGCCUGGGUUUGCUGAUGAUGCUGUCGGAUUGGAGGUAGUUGUAGAACCAUGGAUAGAGGGAUUAUUUCCAGCCUUGAGAACGUUCUUGAACCUGCCAGAUCCCAAAGGGGAUGGAGGAGGGGGAGGGAAGAAAGUAGGGUUGAACCAGGAUCAUGAAAAAACAUUGGAUGGGGAAGGAAGGAAUACAGUAAAUGGGGUUGGGGAGACAGGGUUCAGCACAGAAAAAGCAAAAACAAUACACAGGGAAGGGGAGACUGGGGUGAGCCCAGAAAAAGCAAAAACUGUAAAUGGGGAAGGUGAGACUGGACUGAGCCCGGAAGUAGCAAAACUAGUGAAUGGGGAGAGCAAUUUUGUUGAAACUAAUAUCACUACCGAUGAAAGUGCAAAUUGUAGUUGUGCUGACAAUGUUACAAAACACAGUAAUUCAGAUCAAAACAGUGUAAAUGUGACUUUUGGGGGAUCAAGUGGAAGUGACAGUCAGACAGACAAGACUGAUCAUGAAAUAAGCUUAAGCUGUGAUAUUCCAAACUCAGACCCAAAAGCUUCAGGUGAUACAGAAAAAAAAGAAAAUGGGACGCAAAAUGUAAAAGUUGAUGACAAACCUGCUGGGGACAGUUCUGUGCAACAUUUGAAUGAUAGCAAAAACGCAAAUUGUAGUAGCCAAUUCACUCAGACCAAAGAAACAUGUACUGGUAGUGGGGGAGAUAAUCUAUCUAGUGGAGUUCGACUUUCGGUACCUCCAUUGUCGGAGAGUACUUUGACAGUUCCUGCUCUACCCGCUGAGUAUCUGAAGGUCGAGUUUCUACCAGAACAAACCUGUGAUGUUGAGCAAAUACCGCUCCAGAAUGGAUGUGCCAUGCCCUCAGCUGCCUCUCCUGUUACCAUGGCAACAGUGGUGUCAAUAAACCAGCUGACACACCCCACUGCUGUGAAGAAAACUCUUGCUGUGGAACUUGAUAUCUCUGACAGUGGUAUAGAGUACCAGCCAGGAGACGCAAUCUCUGUCAUCUGCCCAAAUGAUGCCAAGGAAGUAGACAUGCUACUGACAAGGUUAGGCCUAGAGGACAAAGCAGACACAACAAUGCAGAUAACUGUAUUGACAGCAACGAAGAAGAGAAAUGCCAAUGUCCCUAGUCACGUGCCACCUGUCUGUACCCCCAGACAUCUACUUAUGACUUGCCUUGAUAUUCGGCAGCCACCAAAGAAGGCCCUAUUGAGAGUGUUAGUUGAUCACACGAAAGACCCUGAGCAGAAACGUCGUCUGCAGGAACUGUGUAGUAAACAAGGAAUGGCCCACUACAGCCAGUACAUCAGAGAGCCUGAACUUAGCCCUCUUGAUAUCCUCAACCAUUUCCCAUCAUGCACCCCACCUAUCGAGGCUUUGAUUGAGCAUCUUCCAAGGCUACAACCCAGACCAUAUUCAGUGUGUACAUCUCAACGUACAACCCAUAGCAGUCUGCAAUUUGUAUUCAACAUUGUUGAGAUAUCUGCCAAGCAGGGCCGCACCUACCAGAGAAGGGGAGUGUGCACAGGAUGGCUGGAUUCACUCCGGCCACAGGGAAGGAUACAGACAGCAGGGUCAGGGGACAGUAAACUCAGUGUAUCGAAGGUGGACGAUGGUGAUCUACUUGAAAAAUUGGAAGCACUAAAAAUAAAUCAUAUAAAGGUACCAAUAUUCACAAGAACCAAUCAGCACUUUCGUCUGCCUGAUGAUGACACAGUGCCCUUGAUUCUGAUUGGUCCAGGGACUGGAGUGGCACCAUUCAUUGGCUACCUGGAAGAAAGGGCAUGGCAAAGGCAUAACCAAUCAGAGGUCCAGUAUGGGGAUAUCUAUUUAUUCUCUGGCUGCAGGCAUAAAGACAGAGAUUAUCUGUUUAGAGAACAGCUAGAAGAUUUUGAGUCGAGCUCGGUCCUGACAAAGCUUUGUGUGAGUUUCUCUCGUGAUAUUGGACAGCCAGAGGGAUCACCUCGCUACGUACAGGAUAAUAUUCGGGCCCAUGAUGCUGACUUAGUUAGCCUUAUAGAGGGGUCGGGGGCAUGUAUCUGUGUUUGUGGGGAUGCCACAAACAUGGCCAAGGAUGUGAACAAAGCAUUUGUAGACAUCAUAGCCAAGGAGAAAGGUAUUACUGAGGAAGAGGCAGGAAAUCUUGUGAUGAAACUGAGGUUGGAUAGGCGGUACAGGGAGGACGUCUGGACAUAACAGCCAAUCAGAAGAGGGGAUGAGAGUGAGGCAGCUAAUCAGAAUCAAGGAAAGACAGAGGACAAUCAAACAGUGAAGAUGACAUCCAGACAACUGCCCGCCAUGACAGUGAACAACCUUUCCCAGUGUGAUUUUUCCUAUGUAGAAAUGAUAAUUAUAAACUUUUAUAGAACAACUUGGAACCUUUGUUUGCUUAACUGAUCAUGAGUUGAUGAGAAUGCAAGUGCAAUACUACAUUGGCACUAGACUCUGGUUGAAACUUAGCUGAAACCUUAUGAGAUUACAAUUGAUCUCAAAUUGUUUCUUUAAUACAUGUUUUACUUUUUUGCCAGCAGUUGAAAAGUGAGGCAUUAGGUAUGAUCAGGUUUAAACUGCUGGAACAGUAGCCAAAUACUCCCUGAUUGACCGAUUUACAAUACGCUAAAAAAGUCAAUGUCACUUUGAUGUUACAAAUGGACGAAGUGUGGGAAUUUUAGGCAACCACUUCGUCCAAGUCACCGACUGCGAGAGCCCUUGGGUUUUGAGCUCUACUGGCCAAAGGCCAAAAGAGCUUAUGCGAUGGUAAUGUGUACGUAGUAUGUGUGUCCGUGCGUCUGCAAACAAUUUUUUGUUAACUCGAUACAGUCUUCAGUUUUGAUUGUAUCUCGAUGAAACUUGUACAGUAUUUAGAUAUCCAUUAGAGCUCGGUUCCUUUCAAAAACCAGCCAUAUCCGCCCAUGCAUGCCUAGAUUAUGGGCAUUGAAAGUUUUAAAAAAUUCUAUUUUUAGCCAAGUUUACAUGUACAUGUAAAGUCAAGUCUAGGAUUAAGGGAGACAACUUGCUUUUUGGUUCUGCAGUUGAUUUUGUGAAUAACACUGCCUUGUUCUUGUUGAAAGCCCAAAGGCCAUUUUUUAGCUCUAAGUGUCUGUAGUUCGCACAUUCAUCUAACAAAUUGGUUGUGAAUGUUUGUUCAAAUUAUGCACCUGGGGUCAUUACUUGCCACGCCCAGGGUUCACAGGUUUGGUAAACUUAAAUUGGGAAAUGUUUGAAAAUCUUUUUGUGUGUUUGCGCAUCCAUCUCAGCACACUUGCUUGCGAAUGUUUGUUUAAAUUAUGCCCCUGGGGUCAUUACUCCCCCAGGGUUCACAGGUUUGGUAUACUUAAAUUGGGAAUGUUUGAAAAUCUUUUUGUCGGAACCAGCUAUGCAGACAUUUGCUCUUUUGAAUAAGGCACAAUUUAAUGGUCUGCUACCAUGGUUGUUCAAAUUAUGACCCUGGGGUCAAAACUGGCAUUGCCCGGUGGUCACAAGUUUUCUAGAGACUUAUUUAAGAACUUUUUCAAAAUCUUCUUGUUUUUAACCACAAGGCUCAUACCUUUGAUAUUUGUUGUGGAGCAUCAUAUGAUGACUGUCAAGCAAAACAGUUGAAAAUAUGCCCCUUUUGACCUUUUUUAUGUUCAAAGCUACAGCAAUGAUAUUUAGACCAUGUCUACAGUUCUGCAAAUGAACAUCAAUGUUGUCCUAAGAUGUCCUUGACUUUGACCUUUUGACCAACUUUUAUUUUUAAAACUACAGAAAUUUUGACCAUGAGUACAGUUUUGAAAGCAUUUUUUUUGUCAGAUGACCUUUACUUGGCACAUAUUAAAAUAGUUCAUGCAACUAAUCUGCUUACAAUACUUUCUGUCCUCAGAUGUUGAACGUGCAACGUUUUCAGGUAACCCAAACACAAAACGUGAACUAUAUGUCUGUUGCCUUAUACCCAUACAUACAUGCUCUGGAUUAAAAAUGACCACAAGAGCCAUGCCAGUAGAGCAUAGGCCAUUAUGGGCCUCUUGUUGAUGUCUAAUUAUGUUGUUUUUGGAUGCCUGAUGACCCCAUAAAAGGCUGGUUUCAUUUGAAGAGCUAGCAAUUUGAGCAGAAAAAAAAUGAAAAGAAAAUUAUAUUGCAAAAUUAUUUCAAACAAGCUCUUUUGGCUUUGAAACAAUGCAAAACACAGAUAAUUUCAAUCCAUUUCAGUGUUAAUAAUAAAAAAUAUAUGUAAUUUUUUUCUAUAGUGAUUUUUUAGGCAUUAUAUUUUAAAAUGAGUAAUCAGUGGGCAAUACCCUUUCAAAUUAUAAUCUAGCUAAGCCAACCGGCAUCAAAAUAUGAAAUUGCCUCUUAUGAAAUGAUGAAAUUAUUCGUAUAUUUUAAUAACAACAUUCAAGCAUUUAAAGAAUCAUUGGGAAUAUGAAAUUGGUUUUAGUCAAGUUGUAUUCUCUGGCGAAUGAUUAUAAAAUGAAUGGUUAUAAAAUGAGACGACACCUUUUCAUUUUGCAUUUCUUCAUCCAUUUGUCUGUGUUAUUGUUAUUGCUUCAACUUUUAACGGUUGUUGUUUCUUGUUUUAUUGGUGUAAAAGAAAUUAUGUUUUUGAUUUUAAGUUAUAAAAAUGUAUCAAAUCAG